UUGUAGACAGUUGCUGGGGACACUUAAUUCAGUUGCUUUGUUUAGUGUCGUUAUUUUGCCGACCAGUUUACUGUAUACACAACACAAGAAGAUUCGCAAAGCGACGCGCUCUGCAUACACGAACGGGCAGACAAAAUGGCGGACCUUCGAAUGUUUGCUUGUUUGAUUUUUGCCUUUUUUUGCACCGGGAUUGUUACUGUACCAGUCAAACAUACCCAUAGCGUAUCUGGGACAGACACAUACAAAAUCCGGGUGUCUAUUAGCUCUGGAAAGGUCGAUCCUCAGUGGACACUUGAUGGCAACACAAGCAACCCCGACAUAAAAACGCUCAUAAAAUACAUCACAAAUGUCGGACAUAGUAUGGGACACAGUGAGACACCCAAAGCAUUUCCGGAUGUGAGCGGGUACAGAGGCAUUGAGAUCGACCACAUGGUUGACGGUAAAUCUCAGCACGUGUGGGUCAUCCCUAGAUGCGAGCUCAUCAAGCUGGAGUACUUGCUGAUGAACCUGACCGCCGGAAAUGACAUGUCGGCGGAUCAAAAGAGCCAUGCAUACGGCGUUCUUACCAAGUGCAUGAACGCCAAAAAACUAGACGGCAAGCCUUCCACCAAUAAGACGGCCGAAACUCACGCUGUUUAAUUGGUCGAAUUUCGGGCGGCACUUUUGAUAACAUUACGACAUCAUUGGUUGUUUUCUUGGGAAUGCAUCGUCAUUCAAUGAACACACACGUAUCAGAUAAAAAUGAUAAUCGUUUGACGAUGUUUAGGUUUUAUAAACUAAGUUAACAAGAAGAGGGAAACACCAGGUCAUUUUCUUAUGCAGUUUGACAGUGGGUUUUUCGCGUUAUGUUAACAUAGUAUAUGGAAUACUUCCAAAAAACACACUCGCUAUCCCAUAAAGAAUUUUUUUUAACAUAAGGUAUAUAAUGUGUUUCUAAAGAAUUCUUUCGUAAGUAAAUGUAUUUAUGUUCAACAUCCAGUUGGUACGUUAAAUGCUUUGUUUGUUCGUUAAUUUGCCUAUACUAUAAUUAUGAUUAUCGUUAAUAUUUUCUAUACUAAAACUUGAAAUAUAAGAUAUCCCCUCAAUGUAUAUAAGGAUAAAUAUUGUCCAGCUUCUUCUUCAAUUCCACCACAACAAUAUUAAUCAACAAUUUUUGUUUGAGAAAUGUAUGCUUCGAAUAUUUGUUGAACUUGCUUAAUUGCUAUCAAGUUACGUUGAAGUGUUUAUAUAAAACAUUGAAUAGACAAUACUUGCAUACAGAGAAAAUGUAUGUUAUUUACAUUUGUUUCUAAUUAAAAGUGAAAUCAUUGA